UUGUACCAAAGUCCUAGUCUUCUUUAGACUAAGAUAUUAAUGGUCCAACGCGUGUCGUGCAAGUGGGGUUGGAAGUCAAAUAAAGACGCGUCAAGUGAACUGUGUUUCUUAUCAUUACAUUAUAGACUCGUCCGAAUCCAAGGAGUCUGUGAUCAGACCAGACCACACCGCCGGAGAUGAUGAAGAUGGAAACGAAGAUGUUUAAGCUUCGGGUGUGGACUGUGAUAUGGGUAAUGUUCCAAAUCCAAACGAACAAAGCCCAGCAGAGCUACGUUAACAACAAACAACUCGACUGCUACAACCACUUCAAUACCACCGACGGCUUCGUCUGCAACGGCGUCGCCCCGACCUGCGUCUCCUACCUCACCUUCCGAUCCCUCCCUCCCUACAACUCUCCCCCUUCCAUCGCCUUCCUUCUCGGCUCCGAGCCCGUCCUCAUCGCCAGAGCCAACAACAUCUCCGACGUCGACCCCAUUCCCACCAACAACCUUGUCAUCGUCCCCGUCAACUGCUCUUGCACCGCCGGAGGAGAUAACUCCUACUACCAGCACAACGUCUCCUACAUCCUCAAGGAACGCUCCGAGACUUACUUCAGCGUCGCCAACAACACCUUUCAGGGCCUCACCACAUGUCAGUCUAUCAUGGCACAAAACUCCGUCGGAGACAAAAACCUCUCCGUCGGCCUCAAAAUCCAGAUCCCUCUCAGGUGUGCUUGUCCCACUCGCUCCCAGAACUCCUCCGCUGUCAAGUACCUUCUUCUUUACCUCGUCACCUGGCGCGAUAGCUUUGCUUCCAUCGCUGCUCGAUUCGGCGUACAACCCGAGUCUUUGCCCGCUGCCAAUCGCCUCUCUUCCUCGGAUAACAUAUACCCAUUCACACCCCUUCUGGUCCCUCUCACCACCGAGCCUUCCCUUGAAGAACCAGCCUCGCCACCACCAUCACCUCCUCCUCCGGCGCAACCUCCCAUAACUCCCAAUCACAAUUCUUCAACUAAGUGGCUUGUGGUGGGUGUUGCCAUUGGAGCUGCUUUACUCUUCUUAGCAGCCAUCGCCGCCGCCUUCUUCUUCUUCCAACGACGCCGCCGCCGCACUCAAAAGCCCAAACAGCUUUCCACGUCAUUACCGCCGUCCAUGAAGGUGUCCUCCAAUUCGUACUAUACUGUUCCGGGAACCUCUUCUUCGUCCUGGUCAACUGUUUCUUCUCAAGGGGCACUACGUUCGGCGGUGGAUUCCUUGACCAUUUACAAGCUCGAUGAGCUGCAGAAAGCUACUGACUUUUUCAGUGAAAAGAACAAGAUCAGAGGGUCCGUUUACAGGGGAAGCUUCAAAGGUGACGAGGCUGCCAUUAAAGUGAUGAAAGGAGACAUCUCCGACGAGAUCAACAUAUUGAAGCGCAUCAACCACUCCAACAUAAUCAGGCUCUCGGGUCUGUGCGUGAGCGGAGGAAACAGCUACCUGGUGUACGAGUACGCCCAGAAUGGCUCUCUCAGCGACUGGCUGCAACAACCGCAACACAACACACUAUCUUGGAAGCAAAGAGUGGAGAUUGCCUACGAUGUGGCCGAUGCCAUCAACUACUUACACAACUUUGCUAACCCUCCUUACAUCCACAAGAACUUGAAGAGCAGCAACAUCGUCUUGGAUGCGACCAUGAGAGCCAAAGUUUCAAACUUUGGGUUGGCAAGAGUGGUGGAGAAUGAGGAGGAACACAACCAACCCCACUUGACCAGACAUGUGGUUGGAACACAGGGCUACAUGGCGCCCGAGUACAUUGAGAGCGGCUUAGUCACUUCAAAGCUUGAUGUUUUCGCAUACGGAGUCAUUCUGUUAGAGCUCUUGUCCGGCAGAUCAGCAGCAGGCGAAGCCGGUGGCGGUGAGAAGGGGAAGGAGUUGGUAUCGGAGUGGGUGAUAAGAAAUGUGUUGGAUGGAGACAACGUGAGGGAGAAGCUUCGAGAGUUCAUGGAUGCUGCAUUGAAGCGCGAGUACCCCUUGGAUUUGGCCUUCCCCAUGGCUCAGUUGGCCAAGGCAUGUGUGGCUCCAGACCUUAAUUCUCGUCCAGACAUCACUGAGGUUCUCGUGACACUGUCCAAGAUUCGUUCAUCUACUCGGGACUGGGAUCCCUCAGACGAGCUCCAACACUCCAGGUAGAGGAACCGUGGUAGAAGAAGCCAGCUUAUUAAGCUAUCUUCAUAUUCUUCUUCUCAUAGUCAUACCAAUGAUGAUGAGUUAAGCAAAAUUGUAUGUAAAAUAUGACAAGGACAACGUCAGAGUUUGCUGAUGAUACUAAAUCAAUAGUUUCUCUUCCUUUUUAAA